AUGCUGCGCUCCGGCUCCCCGGGCCGCUCCCGCUCCCGCGCCCCCGGGCCCCCGCGGCCCCCGCCGCCGCCCCGCGCGGGCGGGGCGAAGGGGUCCCGCCGCUGGAGCCCGCCGGCACCCGGGCCCGGCGCCACAUCCACGCGCCCCGCGCCGCGCCCGCCGCCGCCGCCGCCGCCGCCGCCGCCCGGGCCCCCCGCGCGCCCCCCGCGCGCCCCCCGGGCCCUAGGCGCGGGGCAUGCCCCUGCGCGCGCCGCCAACGCCAACGCCAACGCUCGCGGGCCCGGGGCUCGCGGGGGGCGCGCGGGCAGGUGCCGGCGCCGCGAGGCGCGAAUCGCCGCGGCGGUCGAGGCCGAGGGGCCCGGGAGGAGCGGGGGCGCGGGCGCGGGGCCCGCCGGGCCGUCCUCGCGCGGCGCGCCGCCGCCGCCCCGCUCCUCCCACCGCGCGGCGCCCGCCCGGCUCGUCCCGGCGGCGCUGGCCGGCCGCGUCGCGCCCGCCGCCGGCCGCCCCGGCCCGGCCCGCGCCCGCCCCGCCGCCCGCGCCCGGCUCCGCGGCCCGCCCGCCCCGCCUGCGCGCGCGGCUUCCGGGGCGGCGGCAGCGCCUGUGGCGGCGGCCCUCAGAGCGCGGCGGCGGCGGCGGCGGAGGAACGCGCGCUCCCCCCGCGCCGCCACCACCCAGCCCGGGGCUCGGGCCGGCUCGGCCGCACUCGGGCCCGUCCGCCAGGGACUCGGCUCCGCUCGGCCGAGACUCGGCUCGGCUCGGCCCCGCCCGCCCCGGACUCGGCCCCGCUCGACCCCGCUCGUACCCGCUCGGCCCCGCUCGGCCCCCGCUCGGCCCCGCUCGGCCCCGCUCGGCUCCGCUCGGCCCCGCCCGCCGGAAGGGCGCUCGGCGGGGGCGGUGGCGGCGGCCGUGGCCCCCCUUCCGGCCGAGGCCGCUUCCUGCGUGGCUGGGAAGGCGCCGGUUCCGCCGCCGCCGCCGCCACCGCCGCCGCCGGGGCCCAGAAACCCACACGCGGCCCCCGCCACAACCGCAGACUCGCGGAGGGGCGGGCAGGACGGGGGUGCCGCGCCACGCGACCGUGGGGAACCCCGCACACGACGGGGCCAGCCCCGGGCCCGACCCGGGCCCCGUCGAAGGACGGGGACGCCACGGGGGUCCCUGCACGUUAGGACUGCCCCGGCCGAGGCGACCCCGCGCGGGCGCGCACCCGACGCAGCCUGUCCCCGCGCCCCCGCACGUGCAGGCCGCAGCCCCCCACCCGACCGAGCGCCCGGCCACCCCGUGCCCUGCGCCCUGGUCGGCGCGCGCCGCGGGCAGGCCCAGCCGCCGCAGGGCAGGACGGCUGGCUCCACGGGGCCAAGCCCUCUCCGGGAGCGCUGGCCGGGGUCAAGCCUGGGGGGAGUCCUGGGAACCUCGGGCAGGCGGCCUGACCCCCGACCCCGGCAGGGCAGCCACUUAGCGUCUGGAGGGCGUCUGCGGCAGAGCCGGCGGGACACGCCGCUGUGGGUCCUUCCCGGGACUGGGGUGUCCCCGGGGGUGGGCGAAGACGGGGGUCCCCAAGCGGGACUGGCUAGGUCGCCCCCAGGCCCCCCGGGCGCCACCGUGCGGGACCCCAGCUCGUGCCCCCAGGCGCCCCAGACCGAGGCCCCGGUCGCAGUGGCCUCUCCUGUCCCCUGCCGGCCCGGCAGCGGGGCCUUCAGCGGCCGCCGGAGCCCCGUGGCGGAGGGCACAGGCCCAGGGGGCGGCCCUCCCUCCCGCUCCGGGCUCCCUGCCACGCCGGCUGCCCUGUGGGAGCUGCCGCGGGCCCUAGCGGCUGGGGAGGCAGGGGCAGGCCGGCGCCAGGCCUCGCUGGCUGCCCGGGCAGCCGCCUGUCUGGCCUGGGAAGGCCCAGCGGCUCCCUCAUCAGAAAGCGGGAACCGUGGCGGAGGGCCUCGGAGGUGGCUGCGGUGCCGGGAGGGCCUGUGGCCUGGGAAACCCAGGAGCACCCACCACGUGGAGGGAGGCCUCGUGGAGGAGCUUUGGCUGGGCCAGGAGGGCUUCUCGGUGGAGGGGACACCAGAGCAGAGCCCCAGGGCCAGCAGGAUCUACCACCUGCAGGCCACAGCAACCGUUUCCAUCGGCCUGUCUGCCUGGCCCUCCACACCCCUCGAAUGCUGCUGCCUGGCACCCCGCAGCCGGCAGUUGCGGCCCAGUGUCGCCCGUCAGCUAGACUCGUCCAAAGGCCUGGCUCGGGGAGGAGGCAGCCCAGCGUUUGAGGCUGGCCUCACCCGGCGAGCAGGGAAGCCCGACUCAGCACCUGUCCCAGCGGCAGGCCCGGCCUUUCCAGCCCGCUCAACUAACUGGUCAGCCUCCAGCGUCUUGCCGGUGACGCGGGGACAGCUGCAGCAAGGAGCAGUAGCUGCUCGCACCAUCGUCCCCACGCGCCUUCCCAGCAUGGCCCGGGAGCUGAACGGACAGGCCGGCCCCCUCGGACGGAGCGGGCAACCGAAGCCCGGAGCUGGGCGGUGCCGCGGAGGCGGCGGAGCCGCGGGGCAGACUCUGCGGACCCCAAGCCUCCAGACCACGGCAGGAGAUGGGCCCCCGCCGCCCCGCAAGUCUGUCUCAGCUGGAAGUCAGCCCCGCGGGGCCUCCCGGCCUUCCCGACCUCAGUCCCACCUCCGGUGCAGGAAGGAACGGCGGCCUCCGUCUCCUCCAAGGCGGAGCGGCCGCGGGGGGCCCCUCCCGGGGGACGGCGGCGAGCGCGCGCGGCCGUGGACGGAGCUGCUGCGCGCCGCGAGCGCGGAUCUGAGCCCCGACGGAGAGCUGCCGCCGCUGCCCGCCUUCCCCGGCCCGGAGCCCGGCGGCGGCCCGGAGCGCAGCGCGGCCCCCGAGGUGUUCACCGUGGGAGGUCGCACCUUUCCCUGGACGCCCUUCCCGCCGGCCCCGAGGGGAGGCGGGGACCCAGGACGAUCCUCCCGCGUGCUCCUUGGGGCCCGGGGACGCUCGGGGUGCCCGGCUCGGUCCCCGCAGCGACGCCCCGCGCCGGAGCCCCGCGGGACCCCCGGCGCCCGGGAGCAGCUGUGGGAGGCCGCGCCGACCCUGCGGAGCUGCCCCAUGUGCCAGGCCGACUUCGCCCCCGGUCUGGACGUUGAUCACCACCUUGCUCAGUGCCUGGCGGAAAGUGCAGAAGACGUGGUGUGGUGAGCCGACGUUCCCGCCAGCCCAGCCCGUGCAGAGGCCCAGGCCCUCGGCCAGAACCAUGUCCUCCGCCUUGAAAGCCACGUAUUAAAAGCGUGGACUCGGGGUGCCUGGGUGGCUCAGUGGGUGAAGCCUCUGCCUUCGGCUCAGGUCCUGAUCUCAGGGUCCUGGGAUUGAGCCCCGCAUCGGGCUCUCUGCUUGGCGGGGAGCCGUCUCCCCCGCCCCCCACCUGCCUCUCUGCCUACUUGGGAUCUCUCUUUGUCAAAUAAAUAAAA